AUGGCGAACCGGACAGUGAAAGAUGCUCAUUCAGUGAAAGGAACAAAUCCACAAUAUUUAGUGGAAAAAAUCAUUCGAACCAGAAUCUAUGAAAGUCGUUACUGGAAAGAAGAAUGCUUUGCCUUGACAGCGGAACUGAUGGUUGACAAAGCAAUGGAACUGAAAUAUAUUGGUGGUGUAUUUGGUGGAAACAUCAAGCCAACACCAUUCUUGUGUUUGGUGCUGAAGAUGCUACAAAUUCAACCAGAAAAAGAUAUUGUGGUUGAAUUCAUCAAGAAUGAAGACUUUAAGUAUGUGCGUGCCCUUGGUGCUGUGUACAUGAGACUUGUUGGAACUUCUUUGGAUUGUUUUAAGUAUCUUGAGCCACUUUAUAAUGACUACAGAAAAUUAAGGAGACAAAAUAAAGCAGGAGCUUAUGAAAUUGUUCAUAUGGAUGAAUUUAUAGAUGAAUUGUUACGUGAAGAGAGAGUGUGUGACAUCAUUCUACCUCGAAUUCAGAAAAGAAAUGUUCUAGAAGAUACAAAUCAAUUAGAACAAAGAAUUAGUGCUUUGGAUGAAGACAUUGAAGACAUGGAAUCUUCAGAAGAAGAAGAAGUAAUAGAACCACAUCGAAGUCCAACUCCUGAAAGAAAGAGAGGCAGCCAUAAAGAUAAUGACAAAUCUUACAGGAGUCCUUCUCCGCGAUCCAGGAGAAAUCGCAGUCGUUCGCCACAUAGAAGAGACAGAAAAAGUCCUGUCAGGAGAAGAAGUAGAUCACGGUCCCGAGAACGUCGUCAUCGCUCACCUGUUCAACGACAUCGAGAAGAUGACAGAAAAAAGCGAAACAAAAAGACCAAGCGAGAUCACAAAGAGCGAAGUCGUGAUGAUGAUCGCCAUCGUGAUCGUGGUAGAGAUCGUGAUAGGGAUCGUGAUGAUAAGAGAGACAGAGACACUGAUCACCACAGAGACAGAGGACACAGAAGUGGUGGAGGUGGUCGAGAAAGUACAAAAGAAAUGGAAAUCAGAGAAGCAAAUGAAGUUCGAGCUAGGCUGGGUCUGGCUCCACUUCGGCCUUGA